GUUUGAUAUGAUGAUUAGAACAUAACCAGAGUGACACGUUGAAUUCGCCAUAAUCAAGGAACCUUUUUCCGGGUGGGGAUCUCUGAAAUUACUCAGUGAGCAACCCUAAUUAACCUGAUUUUUUGCUGAUAAUCACUGUCAAUGGAAUCAAAUCACAAAUCCGGGGAUGGAUUGAGCGGCACCCAGAAGGAAGCGGCCCUCCGCGCACUGGUCCAGCGCACAGGAUAUAGCUUGGUCCAGGAAAAUGGACAGAGGAAAUAUGGUGGCCCUCCACCUGGUUGGGAUGCUGCACCCCCAGAAAGAGGCUGUGAGAUUUUUAUUGGAAAACUCCCCCGAGACCUUUUUGAGGAUGAACUUAUACCAUUAUGUGAAAAAAUUGGUAAAAUUUAUGAAAUGAGAAUGAUGAUGGAUUUUAAUGGCAACAAUAGAGGAUAUGCAUUUGUAACAUUCUCAAAUAAACAAGAAGCCAAGAAUGCAAUCAAGCAACUUAACAAUUAUGAAAUUAGAAAUGGGCGUCUGUUGGGGGUCUGUGCCAGUGUCGACAACUGCCGAUUGUUUGUUGGGGGAAUCCCCAAAACCAAAAAGAGAGAGGAAAUCCUAGCAGAGAUGAAAAAGGUCACCGAAGGUGUUGUGGACGUCAUUGUCUACCCGAGCGCUGCAGAUAAGACCAAAAAUCGGGGCUUCGCUUUUGUGGAGUAUGAGAGUCACAGGGCUGCUGCCAUGGCCAGGAGAAAGCUGCUGCCAGGAAGAAUUCAGUUAUGGGGACAUCCUAUUGCAGUAGACUGGGCUGAACCAGAAGUGGAAGUCGAUGAGGAUACAAUGUCUUCAGUGAAAAUCCUGUAUGUAAGAAAUCUUAUGCUGUCUACCUCUGAAGAAAUGAUUGAAAAGGAAUUCAACAAUAUUAAACCAGGUUCUGUGGAAAGAGUAAAGAAAAUCCGUGAUUAUGCUUUCGUACACUUCAGUAACAGAGAAGAUGCCGUUGAAGCUAUGAAAGCUUUAAAUGGAAAGGUGCUGGAUGGUUCCCCCAUUGAAGUGACCCUAGCCAAACCAGUAGACAAGGACAGUUAUGUUAGAUAUACCAGAGGCACUGGUGGAAGGGGCACCAUGCUGCAAGGAGAAUACACGUACUCUUUGGGUCAUGUUUAUGAUCCUACCACAACCUACCUUGGAGCACCUGUCUUCUAUGCCCCGCAGGCCUAUGCAGCAAUUCCCAGUCUUCAUUUUCCAGCCAACAAAGGCCAUCUCAACAAUAGGACCAUAAUCCGAGCCCCUUCUGUCAGAGAAAUUUACAUGAAUGUACCUGUAGGGGCUGCGGGAGUGAGAGGACUGGGCGGCCGUGGCUAUUUGGCAUACACAGGCCUGGGGCGUGGAUACCAGGUCAAAGGAGACAAGAGAGAAGACAAACUCUAUGACCUCUUACCUGGAAUGGAGCUCACUCCAAUGAAUCCUGUCACUUUAAAACCCCCAGGAAUUAAACUUGCUCCCCAAAUAUUAGAAGAAAUUUGUCAGAAGAAUAACUGGGGACAGCCAGUGUACCAGCUGCAUUCUGCCCUUGGACAAGACCAGAGACAACUGUUCUUAUACAAAGUCACCAUUCCUGCCCUCGCAAGCCAGAAUCCUGCAAUCUAUCCUUUCAUACCUCCAAAGCUAAGUGCCUAUGUGGAUGAAGCGAAGACUUACGCAGCAGAAUACACUUUGCAGACUCUCGGCAUCCCCACUGAUGGAGGGGACCCUGGCACUGCAGCUGCUGCUGCCACUUCUGCUACAGUUUUCCCAGGAUAUGCUGUCCCCAAUGCAACUGCACCGGUGUCUGCAGCUCAACUCAAGCAAGCAGUGACCCUGGGACAAGACCUUACAGCUUACACAGCAUAUGAGGUCUACCCGACUUUUGCAGUGACUGCCCGGGGGGAUGGAUAUGGAGCCUUCUGAAGAUACCUUUCUUGUACUUUAACAGUGAGACACACAACACUCUGUAUAGAAGAAAUAAACUUCUAACUCAGUGCCCUAGUGAUCCUAAGUCAUGCCUUUCCUGAAACUACAUGACUUAAGACUCAUUAUAGAAUCAAGACCUGUGAAUGUUAUUUCUCAAUGAAAUCAAACACUAAGGAGCCUUUCCAUCAACAGAAAACUGAAGAGUGAAGAGUCAUUGACAGCAAAAAAAAAAAAAGAAGAAGAAGAAAGAAAAGUUGUUCUUCCAAGGUUCCUGAAUAUUCUAGGAGUAUGUUUACAUACCCUGACCGAAUGGGAAGAGGUCUUAGCAGGCCAAAGCUGAGUAAGUAGGCCUGAGCAGCCAGGAACACCAGGAACAGCUAAAUAAACUCUAGAAUCAACCCUUGACUCCCAGCUGCUUUGUGAUUUGCAAAGCCACAAAGAGGAAACAAAGGUAGGAAGAUGUUUCACCACUGUCCACUAUUGUGGGGACAUGACCGCAGGCGUACCCUCAUAAAAACUUCGCAAGAGUAUGAAUUCAGCAUCACUUCAGCCUAAAAGUUCUAUCUAGUCUAUCUGUCAUCAGUGAGGAUUUUUCUGUCCCCUGAAGCCUCUGGGUGCUUUCUACAAAUUGAUAUCCCAUCUUUUAGAUAAGUUUGAAAGAAGUCCAAGCCCAUGUUUUUUCCAUUCAUUAUCCUAUACCUACUUUUACCUGGAAAUUCUACUCAACCCCAAGACUCUUGCAAAACCUGUGCCAACCUACAGUGCUGAAAUGAGGAACGACUUUUUCUCAUUUAACAUUUUGACUUGUUCAUUACUUUCAGCUUGAACUCAUUUUAUUUGUCUCUACUAUGCCUCUGCCUCCUAAAUACUGGGAUUACAGGCAUACAGCACCAAGAUCUAAACAGUUUUAUUAACUCAGGCUUUCCUGGAAUUCUCAUUUAUAUUAAAUCUGUCAAUCAUCUUCUACCUUCCCUUCCUUACACUUUCUUUCAGUAAGCAAAAGUACCUCUACCAUAGCUGGUGGUUUAUUUAAAACCAUCACAGGAAAAUCUUCCAUUUGUCACUGCAGAUUAGAAACUGUUCAGAUGCUCAGCAAGUAUAUUUGCCCAAUCUUCUAGAGUCUUGGUGCUCUUCCAAAAGAAGGGUGCUGCAAACCAGAAAUGAUAUUCCUAGUUUGCAUACUUGUAAAGGAUUGCUUUGUUCAAAACAGAACUCAUUUAAGAAGUCCAGUACAAAUACUGUGUUGUUCUUUCUCAAAUCUCAUUAACAAUUCAAGAUGUAGAAAGCAAGACUUUGCAGUAAAAAAAAGAAAAGAAAAGAAAAGAGAAGAGAAUUUCAGGUUCUUGUGAAGUUCUUCAGAAUUCAGGAAGACAAAUGCAAAGGUCCAGAAAGUUCUGUCAACCUCUUGUUGGAACUUGGUCAUAAAAAAAACAGGGUAGAUUUUGAUCAAGAUCAGAUGAAUUGCAUUCAGACAUCAAAAGGACUAAGCACAGAGCUGAAAUUCUGGAGAACUAUGCUUUGGGUUUCAUGUUUACUGCUUCACUAUCAGGUGGACAGUAGUUCUCAAAGCUGGCUGCCUGCAAACACCAGCAGAUAAUUUAAUCACACCUCACACCAAUUAGAUCAGAAUGUUUUGGAACAGGUACCUGGCAUCAGUAUUUUUUAGAUUCUUCAGUAAUUUCAAUGGGCCACUAAGUUUAGGAACUACUAAUUUGUCACUGUCUCUUAGGGGUCUUUUUUCACUUUAAUGAAAUAGAAAUUGCAUUAACAACUGCUUAAGUUAAAACAAAUAGCCAAAUCAUAUUUUAUAUAUAGUCACCUCAUAAACAGUAUGAAAUUGAAUGUAAUCCAUUUUGGCUUCAAACUUGAACCAGAUUCUAAAGUGAGAAACUGAAAAAAAAUGGCUCCAAAGUAAUUCUUACAUCCAAAUUGACACUCUUGUCUCCAAAUCUGCUUUUAUUAUCAAGGAGAGUAACUACAUUGACAAAGCAAAUGUCCUUUGGGACAGACAAAUUUCUGCUCCACCUGAAAAAGCAUUUCAAAUUCCAAGAGCAAAAGUUUUUAUUUCUUGUAGAAUCUUUGAAAAUAAAUGGCAAAAACCAUUCUUCAUGCUCAAUUAAUGCAUAAUAAAAGGACUGAGUAGCUAGGAUUAUUGGCAUGAUCCACUGGUGCCUGGCUUGAGCUUAUUGUUUUUAAUGGAAAAUAAUAUUGACUGAUUAUAUUCAUUUUCACAGCAUUUUGGCCAUUUCUUAUUCUCUUCACUAAUAUGGAGAAUUAAACAACCAAUCACCAACCUAUUCUUCACAGAAUAUGUGAAUGAUCUGUUUCCUAUGCACAUAGUUUUAUGCCAGUAACUGUGAAUACAAAUGCAUAUAUUUCCUAUUUCAUUCCUCAUUGAGGCACACAGUCUAUUGGUCCAUCUGCAUUUUUCAAACCUAAAUAUAAUUCAAUCAGCUGCUAGGUUUUGCCACUUGGUCAGAAUCCCAAAAAUAAAUCAACUCCAUUCUAAACCUUAACUUUCCACUGUGACUGCCAAACACUGAGUUGGUACAGUCCUUUUUUUUUAAGAUGAAUUUAACACUUGACCUAUUAUUGUCAUUUACGUAAAAUGAAUUUUCAAGUGCAUUCCCAAGAGAAAUAGAAAGAACUGUGCAAAAAUAGGAAGAGGGAAAAGAAGGUUUAGUUAGAGAAUCUGAAAUUUUAUCAAAUUUACUGAUAUGAGAUGUGAAUGAGUGGAUACCAAGCUUUUCCUUUACUUGAGAACAUUGACUACUUCUGUUUUCUAAUUAUACUUGUGUUUAUAAAACUCAGAAGUCUGAUCAACAAGCUUUAGCCAUACUACUUGUACUAUGUGGCAAUCAAUGUUUUCCUCUUGUAUAUGCAUAGUUUGCUGCUGGUGUACAAUUUUGUUCGGAAACUCACCAUUUUCUAUUGUAAUUCCAAGAGGUCUUUGCAAAUACAUCUAUUUAAAACCACUAUCAUUACCAUCAGUUUGAAUAGUAAUUGUAGUUUGGGAUUUAUAUCUACUACUUGAUAGAAUUCUUUUUCCCCUAUUUUUCUAACGGCAAUAAAGAUAUGUUUAGCCUUUAUCUCUUAAUAAAAACAAGCUGUCAGAGAAAUAAAUUUCUAAUUUCCAGAUGUUAAACAAUCUCUUCUUUUAUGUUUUGUUAUUAUUUUUAUUUAUAUGAAGUUAACUAAGGUGCCAAAAGAAAGAGAUAAAAGCAGUAUUAAAGAGUGUGCAUACCACACCAAUUUUUGUACUUUGUGUACAAUGUUUUAUAGAAUUCUGUGACUAUCUAACUGUAUUAACUAAAAUCAUGUCAUUCACUUAUUAGAAAAAAUAAUCAUUGUUUUGGAAGACAUAAAUACAUUGGUUACCUUAAAAUCAUAAAUCACAUGAAAAGAGAAAUAUAAUAGUCUGUAAUUCUAGGAUAAUGAAAUGGUUUUAAUUGAAUUUCCUAAUACAAUAAAGUUUUAGAAAUGA